AAAAAACAAAUUGGUCUGGUUGUUCUAGGGUGUCUCCUUCGUUUCUUCCCUCUGCUAAAGGCCGCUUUCCACAGCCUGACCUUUUUCUUCUUCCCCUAUUAUUUAGUCGCACUCUUCCCCCAAUUUCCAGACCUCGGCAUUCCCACUUAUAACAGUUCUUCUUCCACCCAUCUUCCUCAACCUCUGACCUUCUCAGAAUCUCCUUCCCUGAGAAUGUAAAUUUCGUUCGCCGGAGAUCACUACUGGGUUUUUCCCCUUCUUUUUUCUACCCUUCUCGAGUAGCCCGCCGGACGAACAGAAGCAAAAAAAAAAAAAAAAAAAACAGCUAAACAGACUCCGUCCUGCCAUGGCUCUCCUGCUCCGUUCCUCUCUGCUCGCUUUGAUCUGCAUUGCUCUGCUCUCGACCCGUUGCUUUGCCGCCGACCCAACGGUCUCUUACGAUUACAAACUCACUUACAUUACCGCCUCUCCUCUCGGCGUUCCUCAACAGGUGAUUGCUGUGAAUGGACAGUUCCCUGGUCCACUCCUGAAUGCUACUACCAACUACAAUGUUGUUGUGAAUGUUAUCAAUGAGUUGGAUGAAGGUCUCCUCAUUACUUGGCCUGGGAUUCAAAUGCGGCGAGAUUCGUGGGAAGAUGGAGUCCGAGGCACAACAUGUCCAAUUAGGCCAAAGAGGAACUUCACUUAUAAUUUCCAAGUAAAGGAUCAAAUUGGGAGCUUCUUCUACUACCCAUCCCUCAAUCUCCAGAGAGCAUCUGGAGGUUUUGGCCCUGUUGUUAUCAACAACAGGGAGGUUAUUCCAAUCCCUUUUGCACAACCUGACGGUGACAUUAACCUCCUCAUUGGAGAUUGGUACACUCAAAACCACACGGCAUUGAGGACUACUCUUGAUUCUGGGAAUGAACUUGGAAUGCCUGAUGGUGUUCUAAUUAAUGGGAAGGGACCUUUCAAAUACAACUCUAGUGUACCUGAUGGCAUCAAGUACGAAACCCUUAAUGUCGAUCCAGGAAAAACUUACAGAUUUCGGGUACACAAUGUGGGCACUUCAACAAGUUUGAACUUCAGAAUUCAAGGUCACAAUCUGCUACUGGUGGAGACAGAGGGACGUUAUACAUCACAACAGAACUACACAAGCUUUGAUAUCCAUGUGGGCCAGUCUUACUCGUUCUUGGUCACCAUGGAUCAGAACGCAACUACUGACUACUAUGUUGUGGCAAGCGCCCGAUAUGUAAAUGAAACAGUUUGGCAGAGAGUCACUGGUGUUGCCAUCUUGCACUACUCCAAUUCCCAGGGACCAGCCGCUGGUCCUCUUCCUGAGGCACCAAAUGAUAUCUACAACCAGUGGUCUGCCAUGAACCAGGCAAAGACCAUCAGGCAAAAUACGUCUGCAAGUGGGGCUAGGCCGAAUCCACAGGGUUCAUUUCACUACGGCCAGAUCAAUAUUACCGACACAUACAUUCUAAGAAGCUUGCCACCAGUUUCAAUCAAUGGGAAAAUGCGCGCAACUCUCAAUGGAAUAUCGUUCCGAAACCCGGACACUCCAAUCAGGCUUGCUGAUGUACACAAGGUGAAGGGAGCUUACAAGCUUGAUUUUCCCACUCAGCCAAUGAACAGACCUCCAGUGGUGGACACAUCUGUUCUAAAUGCUACAUACAAGGGCUUUGUCGAGAUCAUACUGCAGAACAAUGACACCAGAUUGCAGAGCUUUCACAUGGAUGGUUACUCAUUUUUUGUUGUGGGGAUGGACUGGGGAAUCUGGUCGGAGAGCAACAGGAAUGGAUAUAACAACUGGGAUGCCAUUUCUCGCUCCACUGUUGAGGUGCAUCCUGGAGCAUGGACCGCUGUUCUUGCAUCCCUUGACAACGUGGGUGUAUGGAACCUGAGAGUAGAGAAUCUCGACAGGUGGUAUCUCGGUCAAGAGACAUACAUGAAAAUAGUGAACCCUGAGGAGAAUGGUGAAACUGAGUUUGCUCCACCAGAUAAUGUAGUCUACUGUGGUCAACUUCAGAACCUGGAGAAGGACAACAAGUCCAAUGCAGGUUCAACAAUGGCGAGGAGGACAAACGUGUUUAUCAGUCUGGCCAUGGCGCUUUCUGCUGUGUUCUUCUACAACAUUUUGGUCUGAAACAUUUUUAUAGGAGGUUUGGGCGGGAAAAUGAAACAAAGAGAUACGAAGAAGGGUCAUUGAUGAAAUGGAAGUGGUCAUUGAUCUGUUGAUUUGUUAGAGAAUGUAUACAUCUGGGUUGGUCGAGUUAUAGGGCUUUUUUUCCUGCUGAUUUAACUGUGCAGCUUCUUCUCUAAAGUUAUUGUCUUGUUCAUAGAAAAAAAAUGGUUCUUCUCAAUUUGUUAGUGCUAAUCAGUCACGCAUUGAAAAUCAAUCCAUUCCCCUUUUAUUUUGUGU